UGGGACUUAAUCGCUUAAUUUAUUAUAUUUCUAUUGUUAAUUAAAUGAUUCGAAGAUGGUUUCUACCGCAGAUGAAAGUGUUUAUUUGGACGACGUGCUAAAAAAGUUUGGUGCUCUUAGUCGUUACCACAUAAAAGCUAUUUUUUUAAAUUAGUUUUGCGUUCUUUAAUAAUGGUAUGCAUUGUAUCAAUUACGUCAUCGUCGCUGAGGAGACCCCAAACAGAUGUAGAUUCGAGCAAUGUGAAUCAGAGAUCAAAGACUUCGAAACACCGUACAAUUUCACCACGCCACACAAUUCCCGGGGUUGUUAUAGAUAUUCCUCCAAUUCCGAAGAAUGUUACCCGACCAGUUUCAAUACGUCAAUUGUGGAACCUUGUGAUGAAUGGAUUUACAAGAAACAGGAUAGCUUUGUUGCUGAGUUUCAUUUGGCGUGCCAAGAUUGGAAGCGGACUUUUGUUGGCACGAUUCAUAGUAUCGGACUUAUGUGCGGACUAUAUUCAGGGCCAACUUUCUGAUAGAAUUGGUAGGAAGGCAGCUAUCAUAAUCCCUGGUCUGGCGGCUGCGAUAUUUGGUAUCGCCAAAAGUUAUGCAACCACUUAUUUCUGUUACAUUAUACUAGAGUGGUUUGAAGCAACGCUAGGAGACAAUUGCUCUCCUACCGUUAUUCUAGGUGGUGAACUUGUCCACAGUGAGCACAGAUUAUACCAGCAAAUAUUCUUUUGCGUGAUGACUGCAUUAGGUGGAGUAUUAUUUUCUUUAGCCGCAUACUUAGUGCCGUACUGGAGACACUUCGUCCAACUGAUUUAUGCACCGUCUCUGCUUUUCAUAUUAUACUACUUUAUCAUGGACGAGAGCGUGCGAUGGUUACUAAGUAAAGGAAAAAAGGAAAAAGCAACGUUGCUGCUCAAAAUGGCGAAAUUAAACAAAAUAUCUUUAGAUGAAAAAUUACUCGUAAACAUACGCUGUGAAGAUAAUGCGACGAAUAAUUACGCCUUGAGGGCGACGUUCAGUUCGAAAACAGUGAUCAAAAGAUUUUUAAUAUGCUUAAUAGGGUGGACUUCUUGUACGUUCAUAUCAUUUGGAUUGGUCGUAAAUGUUGGUUCGUUGGCUGGAAACAAGUAUUUGAAUUUUGGUAUAAUGGCAUUGUCCGAUAUACCGGCAAGUAUAGCGAUGUUGUCCAUAUUGAAACGUUUCAAAAGAAAGAAACCCUUACUUAUAUAGUUCGUUUCUGCUGGAGUAAUUUGCUCAGUACAUCCCAUGAUACCAAAAGAAUAUAUAUGAUCGUCGACUGGAAUAUACUUCUCAGGAAGAUUUGUAUCAACAUUUACAUUUGCGACUGUUUAUAUUUACACCUCGGAAUUGUUUCCAACUUAUUCGAGGAAUUCCAUGCACGCGCUUUGUUCUGCAAUCGGUAGAAUUGGUUCAAUUCUAGCCCCAAUGACGCCAUUACU